UGGGAGGACUCAUUGCCCAUCGCCACCCCGUCCCCUCCUUCGCUUGUGUCUUGGUGACCCUCGUACCGUGGCGAUGGGAAGUUCAGCGUCGUCGCUAACGGCGGAGACGGAAUCGGACCACGGGUUCCGUCCCUCGCCGUACCCAGCGGCGCCGGCUGUGGGAUGGCUGAGGAACAGCCACAGUAGCCCAGUCUGGGGCAGCAGUUUCACCAGCAGACAACCAGUACCACACCGAGAGCGCAGUCACUCUCACUCUCCUGGAUCCAUGGCAGCGGUGGUGAGGGGUAGCUCUGAGUGGCCGUGCGGUCGUUGUACGUUUAUAAACCCGGGCGGAUCUCCACGCUGUUCCAUUUGUGAGGCUCCGCGACAGAAGCCGGAUCUGAACCACAUCCUGCGACUGAGCAGCGCCGAGGAGACCCGCUGGAACUGCCCACGCUGCACGCUCGCCAAUCCACACGCUUCAGGCACCUGUUUCGCCUGCGGGGCCGCGCCCACCACGCCCAACGGGCCGGCCCCGCCCUCCCAGUCUCCGCCCACACCUCCAGAGCCUGCCUGCAGCCCUGAGCCCAGAGGACAGACAGCCAGUGAGGAGCCCCGUAGGGCGGAGUCUAACGGGGAGGUGUGUCUCGGAGGGGAGGUGGUGGGGAGCUGGACGUGUCCCCGUUGCACUUUGGUGAACACGCCUAAGGCGUCGUCCUGCUCCGCCUGUGGCGGUCCAAAGAAACUGAGUCUUCCCAAAAUCCCCCCGGAAGCGCUGGUGGUGCCUGAAGUCCGCACGCCUGUUUUGGGGUUUCCCGCCCAAACCACGGGGCCGUCGGCCCCGCCUCUUCUUAUCGACCUCACAGAAGACUCUCCGCCCCCCGCUCCCUCCGAAACGCCGUCUCCGCCCGUCUCCACCUCCUUCACAUCCACCUCUUUCCCUUCCUCCCUGCAGAACAAUCCGGUCCCUCGUAGCAGACGUGAAGUGCCGCCCCCCGGCCGGCCCCCUAACGCAAACCCCGCCCCUUCUCCGUCGGCCCCUUCCACGGCCACGCCCCCAAAACCCAAAGCCGAGCCUCAGUAUGCCGGCAAACGCCUUAGCGUCCUGGAGGAGGAGGAGUCAAAUGCUCCCGCCGCACCCGUCACCUCCCCGCCCUCCUGGAAGUGUCCGGGGUGUUCCGCGGUCCCGCCCUCCACGGCAGGGAGGUGCGAGGCGUGUCGGGGGUGCCGUUCAGGAGGUUCGGGGGGGACGUCUAGCGGUGACGUCAUCGACGUGGUGGGCGAGUCGGUGCGUUUCACGCCAGCUUCCCCGUCCAGUCCGGACUUCAGCUCGUGGUCCUGUUCUAAAUGCACCUUAAGGAACCCGACCGGAACCGGACACUGCACUGCCUGCGGCUCCUCCAAACUCCACGGCUUCCAGGAGCAGCCGUCGCGCUGCUGCCUGCAAGGCUCCUGCUCCUGCCCGAGCAAAUCCGGAGCCCGUAAACAGCCCCGGGCUUACCCCUCCUCUUCCUCCUCCUCCUCCGCCUCCUGUUCCACCACGACCUCGUCCCUGGCCUCCCCGGCGGGCGGGGGGGUGCAGGACAGGGGGGUGUGCCAGUGGACUUGUCCGGCCUGUACGCUGCUGAACCAGGGGAAGAUGAAGUACUGCGCGGCCUGUCACACACCACAGCAGUACUUCACCAUGAGGAAGAGCAGUAAGCCCCUCAAACGCCGUGAGAGCAUGCACGUGGAGGCACGCAGGAGGACCGACGAGGGAGAGGCCAAGGAACUAUGGGAAAACAUUGUCAGCUUCUGCAGAGAGAAUGCUGUGAACUUUGUCGAUGACAGUUUUCCGCCAGGGCCACGAUCUGUUGGCUUCCCAGAGAGUGACAGUGUCCAACAGCGAAUCAAAAAGUGGCUCCGCCCCCAUGAGAUAAACUGUAAUAACUUUAAAGACCGCGGUGUGAAGUGGUCAGUGUUCCGGACGCCACGCCCCUCAGAUAUACUGCAAGGAUUACUGGGAAACUGCUGGUUCUUGAGUGCGUUGGCGGUUCUAGCGGAGCGUCCGGAGCUGGUGGAACGUGUGAUGAUCACACGGACCAUCUGCCCAGAGGGGGCGUAUCAGGUCCGGCUGUGUAAGGACGGAACCUGGACCACGGUUCUAGUGGACGACAUGCUUCCAUGUGACGAAUAUGGUUACUUGCUCUUCUCUCAGGCCCAGCGGAGACAGCUGUGGGUAGCACUCAUAGAGAAGGCCUUGGCAAAGCUCCAUGGGUCAUACUUCGCUCUGCAGGCUGGCAGGGCCAUCGAAGGUUUGGCCACGCUCACUGGCGCCCCCUGUGAGUCACUCAUGUUACAGGUCAGCUCCACCAACCCCAGAGAAGAGCCAAUCGACACGGAUCUGAUCUGGGCAAAGAUGCUCAGCUCUAAAGAGGCGGGUUUCCUGAUGGGGGCUUCGUGCGGCGGGGGGAACAUGAAGGUGGACGAUGUGGUUUAUGAGUCACUGGGACUGCGGCCCCGACACGCCUACUCCGUACUGGACGUGCGAGAUGUUCAGGGCUAUCGGUUGCUGCGCCUGAGGAACCCCUGGGGAAGGUUCUCGUGGAACGGCUCCUGGUCAGAUGAGUGGGCGGACUGGCCGGAGCACCUCCGUCACGAGCUCAUGGCCCACGGCAGCAGUGAGGGGGUCUUCUGGAUGGAGUACGGAGACUUCAUCAAGUACUUUGACUCUGUGGACAUCUGUAAGAUCCACUCUGACUGGCAGGAGGUGCGUGUGCAGGGCUGUUUCCCCAGCAGGGCCAGUGGUCCCAUCUCCGUAACCUCCCUCACUGUACUGGAGAGAACCGCACUGGAGUUCGCCCUGUUUCAGGAGGGCAGCCGGCGUUCUGACACUGCGGACAGUCACCUGUUGGACCUGUGUAUUAUGGUGUUCCGUGCAUCGUUUGGCAGUGGGAAUAAGCCGGUCUUGGGUCGACUCUUGGCCCACAGUAAGAGAGCGGUGAAGAAGUUUGUGGGCUGUGAUGUGAUGUUAGAACCUGGAGAAUACGCUGUAGUCUGCUGUGCCUUCAACCACUGGCAAAUGAACCUCAGUGGAACCACAAACACACCAGUAUCCAGUCCCACCAGUGGGAGAAGGUCCAGUCAGGAAUUCCCAGGGUACAUCCUUGCAAUCUACAGCUCACGACAGGUGAUGGUGGAGCAGGUGGAGGCCAUGCCAACGACUCUGGCCGAUGCUAUUAUUCUACUGACAGAGAACAAGGGAGAGAGACACGAGGGUCGGGAGGGGAUGACGUGUUACUACCUGACUCAUGGCUGGGCGGGGCUUAUCGUUGUCGUGGAGAACCGCCACCCCAAGUACUACCUCCAUGUGUCAUGUGACUGUACGGAUAGUUUCAAUGUGGUGUCCACACGGGGCAGCCUAAAAACCAUCGACAGCGUACCGCCGCUACACAGGCAGGUGCUGGUUGUGUUGUCUCAGUUGGAGGGGAACGCUGGUUUCUCUAUCACACACCGUUUGGCCCAUCGGAAGGCAGCGCAGGCUUCACUGGGAGACUGGACCCCAACCAAGACGACCCACAGUCCUCAGCUCACACCCGACACAGAGGGACUUCACCGACCUCGCCCACUCUAACACUAACA